AUGACCAACGUUGAUACCUCGCUCCCCGCUGAGCCCUCGGGGGCUGCGGCCGAGUUCGCUGCCCGUCACUCAGAAGAGCACCCGCUGAAGCUCUACGGCGGCUGGUUCUGCCCUUUUGUGCAGCGAUCAUGGAUCACCCUGCACGAGAAAAACGUACCGCAUCAAUACAUCGAGAUCAACCCGUACAAGAAGGAGGCAUCCUUCCUCGCAAUGAACCCUCGUGGUCUUGUACCAACUCUGGCUGUACCCGUCGGCACCAAAGGCGAGGUGCAGAAGCCCUUGUUUGAGAGCAACAUCGUUUGCGAGUACCUGGACGAGGCUUAUGCAGAUGAGGCCACCUACGGUCCGCGGCUGCUCCCCUCUGAUCCUUAUGAGAGGGCACGAUGCAGACUCUGGAUCGAUCACAUCAGCUCACGAAUCAUCCCUGCUUUCUACAAGCUGCUCCAGCACACUCCUGAAAAGCCCUACAGUCUGGAUCAAGCACGAGAGGAGCUCCAUGGCCACAUUAAAACCUUAGUCAAGGAAAUGGAUGCCAAAGGACCCUGGUUCUUGGGCGACAACUUGAGUCUCGUGGAUAUUUGCCUGGCGCCUUGGGUUAAACGCCUGUUCCUGAUCGAUCACUACAAGAAUGGCGGACACGGAAUUCCUCAGUCUGGUGGUGGAGAUGAUGAGGGUACCUGGGCGAGAUGGAGAAAGUGGAGCGAUGCCAUCCUUGAUCGCAAGAGCGUCAAGGAAACAUGGAGCGCUGACGAGCGGUACAUCAUUGCUUACAAGAGAUAUGCUGAUGAUACUACCAAUUCUCUUGUAGGUCAGGCCACAAGAGAAGGAAAGAGGCUGCCUUAA